CCCUGCAGCGGGUUUUACGGUAACGGAGAAGAAGAGGGAGAAGCAGAAGAAGAAGAAGGGCACCGGAUCCGUUCCCUCGGUGUGAUUUUCAUAACCGCACACUGACCUUUCUCUUUCCCGGUGUGCCCGCAUCUUGGCAGCCUCUUUUUUUCCCAAUGGAGGCGGAGCGAGGCAUCUUGUAACGACACCUACCGAGGAGAUCUAACCGAUCUGAAAACGGUGUGUGUGUGUUUGUGUGCGCGCGUGCGCGCGCUUGUGUGUGUGUGUGUGAGAGAGAGAGUGUGUGUGUGUGUGUGUAACCGACUUUGGAUUUAAAACCUUACCGAGUGCUCCUGAAAUGAGUCUUGAUGUGCUCACCUCCUUCGUUUCCUGGCCCCGGGGGUGCUGCUAAAGAUGCGGCUGGUCGCGCGGGUACCUGUCCUGGUUUCACACCGGCUCGGUUCGUCCCGGUAGACUGAUCCCGUCCGGUGCUGCGGUGUCUCACAGAGGGGGCCACCAAAGUGAUUUUUCUUUACAAAACCGGAUCCGCCACCAGCAGCCUGCCAGAUGGAUAACUACUCUACUUUACAACUGCAGUGUCUGGAAAUGACCACUAAGCGGAAGCUGAUUGGCCGGCUGGUGCCGUGCCGUUGUUUCCGUGGUGAAGAGGAAGUGAUCUCAGUGUUGGAUUACUCCCACUGCAGCCUGCAGCAGGUCCCGAAGGAAAUCUUCAGCUUCGAGAGGACUCUGGAGGAGCUCUACCUCGACGCCAACCAGAUUGAGGAACUACCCAAGCAACUCUUCAACUGCCAGGCCUUGAAGAAGCUGAGCAUGCCCGAUAACGACCUGUCCAACCUGCCCACCACCAUCGCCAGCUUGGUUAACCUCAAAGAGUUAGACAUCAGUAAAAACGGUAUCCAGGAGUUUCCUGACAAUAUAAAAUGCUGUAAAGGCCUGUCUGUGGUAGAGGCCAGUGUCAACCCCAUCACCAAACUCCCAGAUGGUUUUACGCAGCUCCUGAAUCUGACCCAGCUCUUCUUAAACGAUGCCUUCUUGGAGUAUCUGCCGGCUAACUUUGGCAGACUCUCCAAACUACGGAUCCUGGAGCUCAGAGAGAACCACCUGAAAACCAUGCCAAAGUCCAUCCACAGACUGACACAGUUGGAGAGGUUGGAUCUGGGUAGCAAUGAAUUCUCUGAAAUGCCGGAGGUGUUGGAACAGAUCCACAACCUAAGAGAGCUGUGGCUGGAUAACAACUCUCUACAGUGUAUACCAGGGGCGAUAGGAAAACUUCGUCAGUUGCGGUACUUUGACUUAGCUAAGAAUCGUAUUGAGUCCGUGGACUCGGAUAUUUCAGGCUGUGAGUCCUUAGAAGACCUGCUGCUAUCCUCCAACAUGCUGCAGCACCUCCCGGACUCUAUAGGAAUGUUGAAGAAGCUGACAACAUUGAAGGUAGAUGACAACCAGCUGACCUCACUGCCUAGCACAAUUGGGAGUGCGAAGCCCAAGCACGGUUUGUCUCUAUUGGAGGAGUUGGACUGUAGUUGUAAUGAGUUGGAGUCGUUGCCUCCCACUAUCGGCUACCUGAUCAGCCUGAGGACCUUCGCUGCUGACGAGAACUUCCUCACAGAGCUGCCACGGGAGAUCGGUAACUGUAAGAAUGUGACGGUAAUGUCACUGCGGUCCAACAAACUGGAGUUUCUUCCUGAUGAAAUCGGACAGAUGACCAAACUACGAGUCCUUAACCUCAGUGACAACAGGUUAAAGAAUCUACCGUUUACCUUUACUAAGCUGAAGGACCUGGCAGCUCUCUGGCUUUCUGACAAUCAGUCCAAGGCUCUGAUCCCACUGCAGACAGAAGCCCACCCUGAAACCAAACAGAAGGUUUUGACUAACUACAUGUUUCCUCAGCAACCGCGACAUGAUGAGGAUUACCAGUCGGACAGUGACAGCUUUAAUCCUACUCUGUGGGAGGAGCAGAGACAGCAGAGGAUGACUGUGGCCUUUGACUUUGAGGACAAGAAAGAAGAGGAAGACAACUCUGGGAAGGUCAAGGUGGAGAUAAACCUAAAGCGCUACCCAACACCUUACCCUGAGGACCUUAAGAACAUGGUCAAGUCAGUGCAAAGCCUUGUGGGUAAAAGCGUACACGCUGGACACGGGCUCCAGCACCAGCACCAGCACCAACACCAACACCAGCACCAGCACCAGCACCAGCAUCAGCUGAGCACAGGCACUGCCACCUCGGCAGGAACCAACAUGGAACACACACACCUCAGCAAAGAACAGUAUGAACCACCGUGGCCCCUGCCUCCGAAAGAGGUGACAGACAGAGAGAUGCAGGACUUCUCUCAGUCUCAGCUAAUGGAUCAAGGAUCAAUGCAUAACUCUGGCAUUGACAUUCCCAAGAGGAAGGACAAAGAGGACCUGACGGAGAGCUCUGAGGACUCGAUGGGCGGCUCUCCCAACGACAUCCGUAUCUCCGACAUGAGGCCCACCCUGGUGGAGCCACCUAUGUACAAACCAAAGGUGGUGCUGCUGGGAAAGGACAAGAAAGAGUCUACAGAUGAGGAGGUGGAUAAGCUCCACUGUCUGAACCACAGCGGCUCCUCAGCCACCUACUCCGACUACUCUCCCUCACAGGGCUCCUCCGGCUCCUCCAACCCGCCUGGCAACGCACACUCACACGCACUCUCUCACGCACACCCUCACGCUCACACUCCUGCCCUGCCAGCCCCAAGCAAGGACCAGGCCCCUCAAACACACUGGACCAACAGAUUGGCUCAAUCGUUCCCUAAACCCAUUGACUCCAAGCCCCUGCUAUCUCAGAGAGAAACCCCUCCGUCAGGAACCCUGCAGCAACGCGGAGACCGACGCCCAUUGAGUGAGCCUUUUGACUGGGCUGAGGCCCCUCACUAUGACAACACAGGUUUUGAUGCUGAGGAGUCUCCUCUGGACCCUCCAUCCUCUACUGGGAGUCAGGGAAACCCGCCACUCGGCUCCAAACCCCGCAGCCAGUCAACACAUGGGCGACGCCCCCUCCUCAGGCAGGAGCGAAUCGUAGGAGUACCUCUGGAGCUGGACACUCAGACGCUCCCCUUUCACGGCAACCAACGCUCCACUCCGGACAAUGACCCACAGUCUGGACAUCCUUCCCAGAAUCCUUGGCAGAACUGGACCAGAACUCCAAGCCCACUGGAGGAUCGAACCGCUUUUCCUUCCAAACUGGAUCUAACGCCCAGUUCCAGCCCCAACCCUGACCGCAAGGACCCAAGGAUGGAACAAGGCUCAGGGCCUUUGCCUGGCAACUGGACGUACCAUGACAAUCAGGGGGAGCAGAACAGGAAGGACCAGCUAACUGUCAGCGGGGGCAACAAGGUGACUGUGGUGAUGAGUAAAAGCUCGGACCGCCUGUCCCCUAUGAUGAGGGAAACGAGAUCCAAGUUCAAGAAAUCACAGAGCAUUGAUGAGAUUGACAUUGGCUCCUACAAGGUCUACAGUAUUCCCAUGGACAGCUACAGUUCAUCCAUUGAGCAACAGACCAGUUUGGACCGCCAAGAGUUGCCCGGUUCUAUGGAGCAGACCAACAUGUCGCGGUCACAGUCUGCUCCCAUGUUAGACGAUGAGCUGAUGUUCCCAGGACAGGGAGCAGGCAACCAGAACCAGUCAGGACAGAACCAAAAACCUGCCAUCCCACAGAAGGCCUACCACUUUGACCACAACUACAACCCACAGGUGACCAUGGACCGUCGGGUACCUCCACCCUUCCCCAACACACCAGAUUACGUCAACCACUCAUCGAAAGCCUUGGAGUACAUCAAUCAACCAGGGAAGACAUUACCCAAGGAGUUGGUGAGCCCUCGGUACCGUGCAUAUCCACCACUGGAGAUGUUUUCUUUCCCACAAUCACCCAUCAACCAGGACGGUCCGCCCAGCCAGCAUCAGCAGCCGAUCCCAUCACAGCGCUCCAGACCAGGAUUUUUGAGGAGAGCAGAUUCAUUGGUGAGCUCUACUGAGCUCGCUUUGUUCCGCAGAGUCCAUGAAGCCCAGCAGGAGGCGCUGCAGGAAGCUCAGUACAGACAGCAGGCGGACCCCCCUCUUUAUGGUCGGGCCUUGGCCUACUCCACCCCCAUGGAGCACUCUGCCCUCACCAACAUGGCCGACAGCCAGAGCCAGAUGAUGCACAACAAGAGAAACGGCCGCUACGAUGACGACUAUACAACCUACCAGGAACAGAAGAAGCCCAUGAUCGGUUAUCCAACCAAGAGCCUGACUCAGCGCCGCCCCCUGUCUGCCAGGAGCUACAGUACUGAGACCUACGGGGCAUCUCAGGCCCGUCCGGUGUCAGCUCGUCCAACCAUGGCUGCCCUGCUUGAGAAAAUGCCCCCUGACUACACUCUGGCAACCUGCCCUGAGAAACCAUCUGAUGACACCAUCAAAGUAAGGCCUGGCGUACCACAGAAGCCUGAAGACAUCACCUCCAGGAUGCCUGCUGAUUGGAGGCAACAGCUACUUAGGCACAUAGAGGCCAAACGAUUGGACAGGACCCCCUCUCAGCAGGCUGCCAUGCUGGAUAACGACCAGGAGGGGCUGUCAGGGAGCAACCAGUGGGCUCCUUACUCACUUGGCAGGAGGGACGUCCCACCUGACAACCUUGUGAAAAAGAGUGCCCACUCCCACAACCCUUCCCACCAAUCACACAACACCAUGAUCGUCACUUCCUCUUCCUCCUCCUCAUCCACCACGCCUCAUCGUGUGGUCGUGCAGCAGGGUUAUGACGGGAUGAUGAACAAAGGGGGCCAGUACCAACCAGGGAUGCCCUUGUCAGUGGUUCCCUCUGGGGGGCAGGUGCAGUACCAAGGCAACAUGACUCAAGGUCAUCCUGCUUCAGGACAGGGUUACCCCGGCCCCGGCAUGGCCAUGUCCCCAUCUGGGAACCAGCCCCAGUACAACCCCCACUCCUCCCACACGUCCCAUCAGCCCGCCACCAACCCUCAGUACCACGGCAACCAGGGCAUGGUUCAUAGCAACCAGGGCAUGGUUCAUAGCAACCAGGGCAUGGUCCAUAGCAACCAGGGCAUGGUCCAUAGCAACCAGGGCAUGGUUCAUAGCAACCAGGGCAUGGUCCAUGGCAACCAGGGCAUGGUCCAUAGCAACCAGGGCAUGGUCCAUAGCAACCAGGGCAUGGUCCAUAGCAACCAGGGCAUGGUCCAUAGCAACCAGGUGGUCAUGACCCACACCAAUCCACGGCCUCAGAGUGCUCGCUGUCUGCUGCAGACUAAAGGCCAGAAGAGCACGGAUGGUUUCCAGGAACAGUUGUGUGUGAGAAUAGAGAAGAACCCUGGUCUUGGUUUCAGUAUCUCUGGUGGCAUCAGCGGCCAGGGGAACCCCUUCAAACCCUCCGACAUGGGUAUCUUUGUUACUAGGGUACAGCAUGACGGGCCUGCCGCCUCCGCCCUGCAGCCCGGAGACAAGAUUCUGCAGCAUGACUGUGUAGCUCCUCCUCUUCUCUCUCUUUUCCCCAACAGUGAUGUGUUACUGAGAUAAUGAUGGCAGUGACCCUCCAUCCUCCCACAAACACACACAGACACACACAUAGACACAUGUAUGGAAAUACUGCACCUCUAUACAUACAUGCACACACACAUGCUGUUGACUGUGCUGCGUGUUUGCCUUGCAGGCUAACGGACAUAGUUUUUUACACAUGGAGCACGAGACAGCCGUCUCUCUGCUGAAGAGUUUCCAGCGGACGGUGGACUUGGUGGUUCUGAGAGACAGCAGCACGUGCUUAAAAUAGUUUUAUAACAAACAAACAAACAAACACAACAACAGCGCUUCUCUACUCUGCUCAUCGCCAUCCCAUGCCACCCCACCUGCCCUCCGCUGGAGGCUUGUGGAACUGAGAAAUGAGCCGCCUUUUUUACCUUUUUAGGGGAAACACACAGACAUUUAUUUGCCUAUUGCUGGACCAAAGGCAAAUACUAGUGCCAAAUGUACCAUAGGAAACAUAUCGGCUCUUCUGUCUACCAGCGGUCAGGGACCUGACCGACAGCUGGACGGACCACAAGAGGACUCUUUGAGUUCCCACAGGGCUGCUGCAGUUUGGAUUUUGUGGAUGCUAAUUAGGCAGUCAUCUGAUCAGUCAGUCUGAAUAGUUUCUAUUUGUAUUUUUGCUUUUUAUUCCACCGCCUUUUACUUUCCUGUCCACGGUUGUUUGGUGUAGCACAUGAUACACUUUCUGUGUUCAUCAUUGUUCUUCUUUGCUUUGUUCUCUUUCCCUCUAUUCUUUACUUUUUCUUUAUUUUCUCUUCUCUGUCUUUCUAUUCUCCUGUGUUUUAUUCUUUUCUGCUGUCUUCUGUUCUGCAGGUAUCAUUGCCUCCACUGUACAGAAAUUGAAAACUUAAGACUUUCUGCCUUGUGUACAUACAUAGAGCUGCAGCUUUGUAGAGCUGCACUUUCCUUGGGGCCUGGACAGACAGUUCUUAAUGUUUAUGGCUAAUAUAAAUAUUGUUGAUAAACCACAUUCUGAAUUCUCUCUUAUGAACACACAGGGAUUAUUUCUCCAAAUGGACACUUUUCUAAAGUAUAGCCCUGAUUUUUUUCUGUAAAGAAACACUGUUGAUAGUUCAUAACUGCUACUUGUUUUUUCUUCUUUUUUUUCUCUCCUUUUUUUUAAACUGUUGCUUGCACAGCUGUGCUGAAAAGAGCUAAAGCAAUACUUCUGAGGCUCGGCCCAUUGAGAUUUUCAGCAGAGCCUAACUUGUCCUACAGUGCCAUCUACCGAGCAAGUCAUGCUAAUGUUUACACACACUGCCAUGCACAUGAGCUAACAGGCAAACACACACAAACAGAAGACGUAUGUGCCCCCAUACACAACACAUAUGCAGUGGUGCGCUCUGUGCACUAUUCAUAAUGAAGCCCUGUCUAUAUUCUAGCCUGGUUUUACAAUGCUAUAAUAAAACCAAUCACACGCACACACUGUAACAUUAUUCAUAAUAUCUGUGCCAUAUUUUGAAGUCCUGUUUUCUAGUACUGUUACAGCAAUGUUGCAUUGUUUUUAGCUGUUUAAGUUGUAUGAUAAAAAUCACCGCAUGCUUUCAUAUCAUUGGUCACUGUCAGCCAGCCAUUUUCUGUUGGCUUCUGGAGUUCUUUAUUCUGUAAGGGACUCUAGAUGUAUUAUACCACUGAGUUUCAGUGAGACUGAUGUUCUAUAGUUGGUGCCAUAUGGACCCUCUGCCCCUCCCUGGUUGUAUUUACACAGACCCCAAACAUCAGAGCUUUAAACAUAUUUGUGGCCCAGAUCUGAUCUGCACAAAGUGAGAGCAUAGUGAGUUGAGAAACUGGUUUUUAGACAUUUGGCCUGGCCUUCAAAUCCAAGUGUCAGCAAGCACCCGCUCUGCUGAAGUGUCACGACCUCUGGCCUCCCUGCAGGAAACAAAGAGAAAAGAGAAUGUCCCUACAAGACUUAAUAAAAACACUGUCUUAAUGGAUAAAUCUACACUAAGUCAGAUUUGUACCAUUCUAGACAAUCAGGGAAAGAUCUGAUCUAUGCCACAAAGGCUUUUGGCUACACUUGAAAUUUCAGUGUAAUUUUUGUGACCUGAGGAGAUGCUAAUUGACACUAGUUGUACUGUACAUGGAAACUUGGUCUGUGAAUGUUCAAAAAAUGAUGUGGAUAAGAAAAGAAAAUAAUAUCAACACAGAUGUAGAAACAGAGACUGUGUGAGAGGUUUCUGGAGCAAGAUUUUGAAAAUCUGACCUUCACGGCUGUGCUUCAGAAACUGUAUAGACGCGACAGAAGUAACCAUAGAAAAAGAAUGAAGAGGUUCAUUUUCUGUCUUCGUGUAAAUGCAACACGUGUCUUGAAGACGUUUCUUGGCAGUGAGUUUUGUUUUGUUCUGUAAACAUCUGAUGUUUCAUCCAGAGCAAAACAACAUCCUCCACUGCCCUUUGCUUUUACUUGAUAUGACAGCGUCAUCCUGAGCCCAUUUUGUGUCAACCCUCUUAAUAAGCGUUAGAAUUUAGUUAAUUCAAUUUAAGGGACACAAAAUGGCACAGCUUAGUCUUGUGGUUGAGAGACUUAAUCUUAACCACAGGGACCCACCCAACCCUAUUUAGAGUUUGAAAUAUCAAAGAUAUUGUGAUGAGAACAGAGAAAAAGGUUUGAUAAUAUAAUUAUUUUUUACUACAUGUUUCAGGUAAUUCUUUCUAAAUAUAUUGAUAUACCUUAGCUUUGCUCAAAAAUUGUGAUAUUUUAUAAUAAUGACACUUAUAACAAAGUUAUGGAUGGAAGUACGCACAGUAUGACUUGGAGACCUACACAUGUACUAUCCAAAACUGUAUAAAAUGUAUUUCUACUGUAAUUGUGAAUUUGUGUUAUACAAAUAUAUAUUAUAUAUAUAUGUAUAUGGCUAUAAAAACAGUCAUUUUCUAUGUGUUUAAACUACAUAAGAGCUGAACAAAUGCUGAGGACGGUGUCACUGUACAUAGCUGUGAAUGAAAUCCAAUUUAAAUGACUCAUAUUGAUUGUGAAUGUACUCAUGCUUUCUGCAGUACCUACACCUACCCAACUUGAAUGCUGCUUCUUCUGUUGUGUGACAAAAAGUACUUUGACCUCCGAAGAGAGAACCGCUGUCGAUUUAUAAGUUGGACAAAUUUUAGUGACGAUUUAACAGAACUAUUUAUUUCUUUAUUUAUUUGCACAUGCAAGUUGAAAUCCUUCCAGUUUUAAGUUUGAGUAUUAAUGCGGAGAAAUGUAAUUGCAGAAGUAUAUAUAAUAUAUAUCAUGUGUUUAGAAUGCAUUUUGCAGACGCUAUCUGUACAUACUAUUUAAGAUACAGUUUUUACAAAAAAUAAUAUAUGUAUAAAAUUGAAAAAAUGCUGUGCAGCGAUUAUACUGGAGCCAUUUUGGGCUUUGGGACGUACCAUUUUUUCAGUAUAUAAGAAGUGUUUUGAAUAAUGUACUAAAGUCUCUAUUGUACAAAUAAUAAAAAUGUCACUAUUGGUAAUCUGGGUU